CCUACAUAUCCGGCCAUGGCCUCGGGGCCUGGAGGGAGCUGGAGUCGUCCCCCACCACAGGGUGCAGCCCCUACGCCCUGGGUGACCGUCCUGCAGCCCGUCCCAUGGGCCGUCCCACCUCCGCCUCCGCAGCCGGGCCGUGUGAAGGAAGACCUGCUGGAGCUGAUGAUGCUGCAGAACGCGCAGAUGCACCAGCUGCUGCUGAGUCGCCUGGUGGCAGCGGCGCUCAACCCCGGGCCCGCCUUGCCCCACCCGCAGGUCUACCUGGAAGGCCACCAGGAGGAGUAUGAGGAGGAGGAGGACAUGCGAGUCCAGGAGGAAGGGCCUGUGGUGUUCCACCACCACUACCUGCCCUGCCCGAGGCCCCUUCUGGGCCCCCUGCUACCCUGGCCGGGCUCUUUCCUUUUCCCUCCCCCACAUCAGUCCCACUUGCAGGACACGGCCAAGAUUGAGCACCACCCUCCUGCCUCCAGGAAAAGGGGGACGAGACUCGUGCCCCCACCCCCACCCCCCAGUGCCACAGGGACUGUGGGUGCGGAUGUACUCCCAGCUUCAGACUACUAUGAUGCCGAGAGCCUACCAUGAGGACAGAUGCUGGCCCUGGGACCCGCACCAGCUUCACUGCAAGGCUGAAAAAUGGCCCUGGAGCCCCCAAGUACCCAUCUAGUGACUGCUGACUCUGCACCCAUGCCUGGCAGUGCUUCUCCCCUUCAACUCCAACCAAGCCUCUCCUUCCGGGUGACUCAGUCCCCUCUUCUGAGACCUUGAAACGGCCUAAUCUCUGCUUUGGAGUAAGAGCUCUUUAGGGCAGUUUCCAGGGCCCAGAAGCUAUGGGAAGGCCCAGCUCUGCCCUACUGUUUCCUGCUCAGGCUAAGGGGAGGCCUGGGAACCAGAGCCUCCUCGACCUCUGCUCAUCCCUCUCUCUGGGACGGCCAGGGCAGCGGGGGCUCGAUUUGGCCUAAUAAUGGGGCAGGAGCUGAGAGGGGAGGCCUGCUUUUGCUGUCCACAGAUCUCUGAAGGCCCAGAGUGAUGGAGGAGAGGCCUGGCUGGGAGGGUCCUGGAGCCGAGCCAGUUCUCAAGGCAUCCCCACCCUGGCUCUGUUGGCAGAAAGGAGAGGUCAGAGCCAUGUCCUACUCUGACAGGAGUGGCCUGGAGUCCUGAGGGGCCACGUGGGAACAGAGCGUCUGUCUCUGUGCCCCGCCAGAGGGCCAGGGUGUGUCUCCUCCACUCCCUCAGAAGGAAUUAGUCACUCAGCCUGAUGAGGGUGGGUCUGGUACCUGGGCUGGUCAGCAUGGGGGCGCCCCGAGACCUGGGCUGGCCAGGGCUCUGGAAGGCCCCUGUGAAGGAGAGAGCUGAGGGAGGCUGAGGAGACAUUUGGGGAGAGAAGUCCAGGCCUGGUGGGUCCCCUUCCCAGCUGCUGAGUGUUAUCCCAGGAGGAGACAGUGAGGCGGAGACAGUGAGGCACAGGGUUAAGUCCAAGUUUUGUAUUUAGACUAGAAAAAGAACUGUCUCCAAAGUCCUCUGCUGCUUGUCACAGUCCUUCAGCCAGGGCUGGACCACAACCCUGAGGAGCCACGCUGAGUUCCAGUGGCCCAUCC